UGACGGCAUCUGCACCACUGCAACGACAACCCGGACACGCCUCGAGCCCCCGUGUACCCCCAACCCCGUCCGCCGUCUCGCUCCACGGCCUCCCGCAUGCCAGGUCGGAGACACGGGCCUCGGCUGCUCGAGGUAGCCGGCGCCGACGCCCAGGCCAACAACAACGAUGUCGAACAUCAGAGCCGCUACCUCUCCCUGCCGAGCUCGCCAACCAGCUUCCGCCGACAGCCCGCCACCAUGAGCAGAAGACAGUCUAAUGCGGAGCCCCCAGACGAGCGCUCGCCGCUCCUGGCCGGCCCGCGAACAUCGCACAUCCGCAUCUCCAGCGCUCACGGAUCGCCCCGGAUCCCGAAUCUCUCGCGCAACCAGAGCUAUGCCGACAGCGUAAAAAGCCUCCGCCACCACAGCCGCGCCAAUUCGUGGGGCCAGCGCCUGAUCCAGGCCCUGUCCGACCGCCAGGACUCGUCCAUGGCCGACUCCAAGGGCUCCAUCUUCCCCGACGACCGUGUCUGGUAUGACCAGUUCACGUCGACCGACUGGGUCCACGACAGCAUCGCCGACGCCUACCGCGUCAAGGCCCUGCGCAGCCGCAAGGGCUUCUGGGCCCGCGUCUACGUGCUGCUCGACGGCGCCCAGGGCUGGCUGCUGAGCGCCCUGGUCGGCUUCAUCGUCGCCGUGUUCGCGUACGUGGUCGACGUGAGCGAGGCCACCGUGUUCGACUUCAAGGACGGCUACUGUGCGAGAGGGUGGCUUAUCAGCGAGAAGAAAUGUUGCCCUCAUGGCCCUUGCACCGACUGGCGGGACUGGGGCGAGGUCCUGCAAGGGUUUCCGUUCGGCGAGAGGUGGACCGAAUACGUCGUGUAUAUCAUGGCCGUCAUCACGCUGGCCAGCCUGUCGUGUCUUCUCAGCCUGACCACGAAGACGGUGGUGCCCUCGGCCUACCGCCUGACGACCCUGGAUGAGAACCUGGCCGCCGAGGCUGCCGCUCCGCCGCCAGAAAACGAGGCGGAAGGGCCAGACGUCAGCCCUCGCCGGGCGCGAGAGAAGCCCGCCGCCCCGCCCAUGAUCUACUAUUCGGCCGCCGGCAGCGGUGUUGCCGAGGUGCGAGUCAUCCUCAGCGGCUUCGUGCUGCACGGCUUCCUGGGUCUCAAGACGCUCGUCGUCAAGACUAUCAGUCUCGUCCUGAGCGUCGGGUCUGGUCUGAGCCUCGGCAAGGAGGGGCCCUAUGUCCACAUCGCCACCUGCGUCGGCAACAUCGCCUGCCGCCUCUUCGCCAAGUACGACCGCAAUGACGCCAAGAGACGCGAGAUUCUCUCGGCGGCCGCUGCGGCCGGCGUUGCUGUCGCCUUCGGCGCCCCGCUCGGCGGCGUGCUCUUCGGUCUCGAGGAGGUCGCCUACUUCUUCCCCGCGAAGACGCUCUUCCGGACCUUCUUCUGCUGCAUCACUGCCGCGCUGACGCUCAAGUUUCUGAAUCCCUACGGCACCCACAAGAUCGUCAUGUUCCAGGUGCGGUACCUGGUGGACUGGGAGUACUUUGAGAUCCUCAGCUUCAUCCUGGUCGGUGUCUUCGGCGGCGCUGCGGGCGCUCUGUUCAUCAAGGCGUCGAGACAGUGGGCCAAGACGUUCCGCCGCAUCCCCGCCAUCAAGGCGUAUCCCCUGCUCGAGGUUGUGCUGGUCGCACUGGUCACCGGCUUGGUCGGGUACUGGAACGUCCUGACCAAGCUGCCCGUGGCCAAGCUGCUGUACAACCUCGCGGCGCCGUGCGAUGACCGGGAUAACAACCUGGACGACCUGGGCUUGUGUCCGGAGGAGAUCGGCGACAUACCCCCGAUUCUAUACAACUUGUUCACCGCCUUCUUGAUCAAAGGGCUGCUGACCAUCAUCACGUUUGGGAUCAAAGUGCCAGCUGGCAUCUACGUCCCGUCCAUGGUCGUCGGCGGUCUCAUGGGCCGUUUGAUCGGACACGUCGUGCAGUGGGUGGUCAUGGCCACGCCGGACUGGGGAAUCUGGGGCACCUGCGCCAAGAUGCCGAAUGCCACCUGCAUCCAGCCCGGCGUGUACGGCCUGAUCGCCGCCGGGUCCACCAUGUGUGGCGUGACCCGGCUCUCGGUUACGCUGGCCGUCAUCCUCUUCGAGCUCACCGGCAGCCUCGACUACGUGCUGCCCUUCUCAUUAGCCAUCCUCGUUGCCAAGUGGACGGCCGACGCCAUCGAGCCGCUCAGCAUCUACGAUCUCCUCACGGAGAUGAACUCGUACCCGUACCUCAACAACAAGCACAAGCCCAUCUUCACGUCGGACCUCGCCGACAUCGUGCCGCGCGUGCGCAAGGAGCGCAUCAUCGACAUCACCAACUCGCCCGUCGUGCCCGCCCCCAGCCUGCGCACCAAGCUCGAGCUGCUGCACCGCGCCGGCGAGCUCGACGGCGGCCUGCCCAUCGUGCGCGACGGCAUCCUGGUCGGCCUGAUCCCGGCCCCGGACCUCGAGUACGCGCUCGACAACCUGCGCGACGAGGCCUCCAGCCUGUGCCUGAUGGCCCCCGUGCCCAGCAUCGACGACUCGGACGACGGCGCGCCCGACCCGACUGAUUUCACGCCGUAUAUCGAUCCUGCACCCGUUGCGCUGGAUAUCAGGUCGCCCAUGGACCUGGUGUACGAGUGCUUUGUCAAGCUGGGGCUCCGGUAUAUCUGCGUGUUGCGCGACGGGCGGUAUGCCGGCAUGACGCAUAAAAAGACCUUUGUCAAGUACAUGCGUGAGAUGGAAAAGAGGGAAGGGCAUGUGUGAGUGGGUGCUGCCUCCCCCCACCUCCCUCCAUACGAGGGAGGGAAGAAAUCGGAGAUGGGAAGGCGCAUUUUUUUUUUUUUUUUCCUUUUCUGCUGCU